UGUUGAAAAUUUUUCACUGGGUGCUAUAAGAAGGAACUUUAUCCUUGCAGUAAAUGAAGAAUAUUUGUCAAGUGAAUCUACCUUAGAUUUUAAAGAAGGUGAUGAAAUUGCUGUAAUUCCACCAAUAAGUGGAGGUUAACUGAGCUAGGAGUUUCGUGUCAAGAUGGAUUACAUAAAAAUUUGUGAUUCAAAAUUAAAUGUAGAAGAAGUGACAGAUCUAGUCUCAUCAUCAUCAUGUGGUGCAAUUUCAGUUUUCAUUGGGACAACAAGGGAAACAUUCGAAAACAAAAAGGUGUUGCAACUUCAGUAUGAAGCAUACAUCCCAAUGGCAGAAAAAGUACUCAAACAGAUAUGUGAAGAUAUCAGGCAGAAGUGGAAAGUAGAAAAUAUUGCUAUAUAUCACAGAUUAGGCACUGUCCCUGUCAAAGAAGCAAGUAUUGUAAUAGCCACUUCAUCACCUCAUCGAGCUGCUUCUCUUGAAGCUACUCAUUUUGCUAUUGAUGCAGUGAAAGCUAAGGUUCCAAUAUGGAAGAAAGAAAUAUAUGCUUCAGAUGAACCACAGUGGAAAGAAAACACAGAAUGUACGUGGAAGAAAUCCUGAUACUGUGUAACCUCAACUAUGUUGCAAUUAUUUUCAAUUGUUAAUUAACUGGGAAUUGUGUGAAAGUACUAUAGGAAACACUUUGAAUUAUGUAGCUAAUGGGAAACAAAAUAUGUAGAUAUUGGUGGUGGUUUUAGUGUUAUAUGCUUGAUGAUUGUGUUCUGUGUGAACUUUUGAGAUCAUUGAAGUAAUUAGCUCCAAGCAGUAAAUAUACUGCAACUGCAUGAUUUAUGUAAACCACAGAAAACAAUUAGUGUGUUAUAUUGCUCUAUUUUGUUUUUGAAUCGCUAUUUAUGUAUAAUUACAGUCUCUGUCAUUUAACAAAUUUUGCUUUGUGGAUUGAUAUAUUCAUAGCAUGAAUUAUUUAGUGUGAUGGACAACCCCUAGUCACAUGAUUGAGAGCACUGCUUCAUUAAUAAUAUUGAUUUCACUAUUUUGUCAGAAAAGUGUUAAAGUAUAUUUUGUGGAAAAAAAGUUUUUUCUAGAUUACAAAUGUAUAAAGUUUAAAACUGUUUAAAAAUGGCAGAAAUAAAUGAUUUGACAGUAAUAA